AUGAAGCUUCUAGCUACUUUCCUUCUACUUGCUGCAGCUGUCACUGCCUGCAAGGACCCUGCUUACCGGUGCAAGAAUCCCCAGGGAACUAAAUCAUCCGACUACUCCAAAACUGUGGAGAUCUGCUCGGAAGUCGCUGAUGGAGCCAGCAUGUGCUAUUGUUAUGGCGCAGCUGAGGAUUAUUGCUACCUUGAAGACGCAGAAAAGGUAAAGAAGUUCAUAGACUACUGCAAGAGAGACGACCCAUGGUACGCCGCGGCCUUUGCCAAACCCAUGUACUGUUGCUGCAUUUAUGCAAAUGCCAUCGGAUGCUCUAUGGACUUGGUCUAA